UACCUUUCAAAAGUAACCCUCCCAACCCUGUUAGCUAACCACACACACCAGUCAGAACCUAUAAAACAGAACUGAACACUUACAGCCAUCACUGUCAGACUGUCAACAAACUCUCAGCAUUGACUUAACACAGCAAUGGAGACAUGCACAGGAAUGUCAGUGCAGGACAACAGAGUCUUCACUAAGCAACCAGUGUUUGUCACCAUACCUGACCACCAUUUCAAAGAUGAUAUCGUUUUGUCCACGCUAAGUCUCCACUACGGUAACCCUUGCUGCCUUGGGGCUGUGGCCAUGUACAACUCGGUGAAGGCCAGAGACAGCACUUUUCGUGGAGACUUUGUGGCAGCAAGGUCCUAUGGAACCAGAGCUCGCCGCCUAAACAUCGCUUCCUUCUGCAUUAUUGGCUUCGUCGUAUUCGUCUCCAUCAUCAUCCUCAUCCUCAUCUUUAAGUUAACUAAACCAGAUCUCAAAAAUGAAUCAAAAUGAAUUUUUAGAAUUUUUUUUAUGAUAUUCACAUCACUAUAACAUUAGAUUUGCAUCAGUUUAAACAUUUCAUUGAUCAUUUUUACCUGAAUCACUGGAGAAAGUCUGUUUGACUGUAACAUUGCUUUGGAUUUCUCUUUUGUGAAAUAUUACAUUUUGGGGCACUUUUUUGAUUGUACACCAUGUCAUUUUUGUAACUA